AUGGCCCGGACAGUCGGCUCCCCACCGGGCCCGGCGGCGGCGGCGUCGUCACCCGCCCGCGGGCGACCUCUGGCCGUGACGCUGCUCUUCACCGUCCUCUUUGCCGCGUGUGCCAGCUGCGGCUACUGGUACAACCGGGUGUACCAGGUCGGCACGCCCUUUAUCCAGGACUUCGAGGCGCACCUGAAGACCGGGCUCCUCGCCGACGACAAGACGCCACUCAAGCGCGGCGCGUGGACCGGCCACCAGGGCACCGACGAGCUGCUGACCCUGCUGGCCCUCUUCUUCUCGCCCGGCUCGUACGGGCACGGCAGCGGCGGGUUCAGCGGGCGGGCGGUCAUGGUGCAGCAGGCGCAGCUUCUGCUGCAGCUCGUCAGCGUGCUCACGCUGCAGAUGGUCGAGGGGUAUAGAGGAAGGAACCGGUGGACGCUCCUAAGCUUCCCCUCGAUCUGGGCGUUCUUCUACCAGACCAUGUCGGGCAUGUUCAUCUUCCCCGUCUGGUAUGCCGUGCACACGCUGCUCUCGCACCGCGCGUCGUACUUCUCGGCGCCGGCCUCGACCUCGUCCUCGGGCCUGGCCAUCUCUCGGCCCUUUGCCAAGGCGCUGCUCCCGGCCAUCUUGGUGCUGUACGUCGUCCCGACCAUCGCCAUGUACAUCCCCUACGCGAACCCCGAGAUCAACCAGGACGCCGCCGCCUUCUGGCAGGCCACGCCCGCGUACGUCAACGUUGCGCUGUGGGUGCUCGCCCUGACCGUCUUCCGUGGCGGCGAUAGUAGCAGCAGCAGCACAAUUUCGACGGCCAGGAGCAGCAGCAGCGCGAGGCACGUCAACCGCGCGUAUGCGCUCGCUUUUGUCGUCGGCGUGCUCACCCACAUCAGCGUCGUCUGGCUGGUCAUGACGUCGUCCCCCGAGCAGGACCCGAGCAUGUCCUUCUCCGCCCUGUUCGUCCCCACGCUGGACCUGCACAACGCUCUGCCCGGGUCGCCCGCGGCCGGUAUCGUCUGGGGCACCCUGCGCAUGUUCCAGUUCGACCACAUUGGCAUCUUUGCCUCGACGCUGCUCUGGGCCGUGCUGGGCAUCUACGACGUGCAGACCCGGCUUGGUGCUGCUGGUGGGGAGAAGGAAGGAGGGGCGGUGGUGGUGCCGAUUUUAGCACUUCUGGCGGGUGUGGUUGUGCUUGGACCUGGCGCGGCGCUCGCGGCGUUUGGGGUCUGGAGGGAGAAGAAGCUUGCGGGUGCCGCAGCUUCAUCGACGACGGUAGCUGGUCGCGUCGAGGGCAAGAAGAGGCAGUGA